GCCGUUACCGGUACCAAGCCCAUCGCAAAUGAUGCGGGCCUCGCCGUCCAGCGGAUGAGGGCGUUGGCGGAAAAGCGGAAGUUUCUCAAGUGGAAAGCUGCGCAGGAGCGCGCACUUGCUUUGGCCCGUGACUGGGACGAACACAUCAGGGAGGCGGAGCAGGGGAGUCAGGAGCUCGAUGCAGUGUCCAGGCAACUGCAGGUGAAGCAGCUGCUCCAUCAGAAUGCUGAUCCGAACGCUCCGGACCGGCGCGGCUACACGGCCCUCAUCUACGCCGCAUACGAAGGACACCAGGGGGUCAUCGAACCCUUGCUGAGUGCGGGAGCGCAGCUGGAGGCCCGUGAUGAGGAAGGCAAUACAGCCCUUGUCUGGGCUGCCUGCAAAGGUCACCCGCAGGUGGUCGAGGCGUUGCUCAAAGCUGGAGCCCAGAUGGAGGCCCGCAACGAGUUCGGCAGCACAGCCCUCAUGGAGGCUGCAAACCAAGGCCGUUGGAAGGUGGUCGAGGCGUUGGCGAAGGCUGGAGCAAAGCUGGAGGCCCGAAAUGGGGAUGGCAACACAGCCCUUAUCCAUGCUGCGUGCUACGGCGACCUGCAGGUGGUCGAGGCGUUGCUCAAAGCUGGAGCCCAGCACGACGCCGCUAACACGCAGGGCAGCACAGCCCUCAUGAGAGCUGCCGAGCAAGGACACCGGAACGUGGUCGAGGCGUUGCUUAAGGCCGGAGCACAGCCGGAUGUCGGCAAUGAGGUUGGUCAGACAGCCCUCAUGUAUGCCUCAGUGAAAGGCCACCUGGAAGUGGUCAAGGCGUUGCUGAAGGCCGGAACCCAGCUGGAGGCCCGGGAUGUGUAUGGCUUCACGGCUUUCAGCUUGGCUAAGUAUGCCGGCCACUUGAACGUAGUUAAGGCAUUGAAGAAGGCUGGAGCUCAACCGGAGGCCAGCGAUGAGGAUAAUACGACAGCCCUAAACCAGGCACAACAACAAGGGCCACCCGCAGAUGGAUCAGAUGGACAGCAUCCAGGGCCGUUGUAG